CAGUGGAACUACAAAGCUUGCAAAAACUUCUAAAUACUUUUAUAUUACUUUUAAUACAAAAGUAAGAGAUUACUUUAUCAUAAUAAUACUAAUGGGACUACAAAGUCUGCAAACCUCAGGUACUUUGAUAUUGCAGAAGGCACGGAAAUAAAGAUCAUCGUAUACGUGACAGCAAGCGGUUGUAAACUAUAUGCAUUUCAGCCUUUAAGUAGCACUGAUAGUUCUCUUAACCCUAUUAAAAACAGGACACUGGACAGAGCAUUAUAAAUUUCCAAACUUUUACAAAAAGCACGAUCAGAACGUACAAGGUGUCCCAGCCUAAUUAAUAAAAGUCUGGAGAGCAGCCAUCUGGCUGCUGACGUGGCCACAAAGUUGAGCGCCCAGCAACCAAUAGAAAAACAGAACUGCUACUAUCCGGAAGUAGUCUCCUUAUUGAGGUUGAACUUGUUUAUGUAUAUGAACGUUGUGAGGGGCUUUGUUUUUUGUUAUCUGAACCGGAACCAUGUGUGGAAUUUUUGCUUACUUAAAUUACCGUAUCCCAAAACAAAGGCAAGCAAUUAUUGAAACCCUGAUUAGAGGACUACAGAGGCUGGAAUACAGAGGUUAUGACUCAGCAGGAAUUGGAUUUGAUGGUGGGAGUGGAGAAAAAGAAAAUGUUGGUAAACAGAUUCAAAUAGUGAGAACAAAGGGGAAGGUUAAGGAUCUUCAAGAGGAAAUCAGUAAGCAAGAUGUGGAUUUUGAUGUGGUGUGUGACAUUCAUGUUGGUAUCGCACAUACUCGUUGGGCAACGCACGGUGCUCCUGCCAAUGUCAACACUCAUCCUCAGAGAUCCGAUGAGGACAAUGAGUUUAUUGUCAUCCACAAUGGUAUUAUCACCAACUACAAAGAUUUAAGGACAUUUUUGGAAAGUAAAGGAUAUGAAUUUGAGUCAGAAACUGAUACAGAGUCUGUCGCAAAACUGAUCAAAUACAUCUAUGACAACAGUGACAAUGAGGAGAUGAGUUUUGAUACCUUGGUUGAAAGAGUUGUUCAGCAACUGGAGGGAGCUUUUGCUUUGCUGUUUAAAAGUGUGCAUUACCCUGGUCAGGUGGUAGGUACCAGGUAAAGAGAAGAUGGGAAAUUGUACAUUGCCACGAGCGGACAGUUUUUCAUCACUGUAUGCUGUGGGUGAAGAAAAAGGAGUGGAGUACUUUUUUGCAUCUGAUGCAAGUGCCAUUAUAGAGCAUACAAACAGAGUGAUUUUCUUAGAAGAUGAUGAUAUUGCAGCUGUAGUCAAUGGCCGCCUCUCCAUUCAUCGAGUUGAACGCAGACCAAGUGAAUUGCCUGCCCGUGCUAUACAGACACUUCAGAUGGAACUCCAGCAAAUGAUGAAAGGAAAUCAUAGCUCUUUUAUGCAGAAAGAGAUCUUUGAACAGCCAGAAUCUGUGGUGAACACUAUGCGAGGAAGGGUCAACUUUGAGGACCUCUCCGUUGUCCUUGGAGGCCUAAAGGACUCAAUUAAGGAGAUGCGAAGAUGUAGAAGAAUUAUUUUAAUUGGAUGUGGAACAAGCUAUCAUGCCGGUGUGGCAACAAGACAAAUCCUGGAAGAACUGACGGAGCUGCCAGUUAUGGUUGAACUUUCUAGUGAUUUUUUGGACCGCAACACUCCAGUAUUUAGGGAUGAUGUGUGCAUUUUUCUUAGCCAGUCAGGUGAAACAGGAGAUACUUUAAUGGCAUUAAGGUACUGUAAGGAGAGAAGAGCCCUUACUGUAGGAAUUACAAACACAGUUGGCAGCUCAAUUUCCCGUGAAACUGAUUGUGGAGUUCACAUCAACGCUGGGCCUGAAAUUGGUGUUGCUAGUACAAAGGUCUACAUUUGUCAGUUUGUGGCCCUUGUAAUGUUUGCUUUGAUGAUGUGUGAUGACAGGAUAUCGGUGCAGAAAAGAAGAGCAGAAAUAAUUCAUGGACUUCAGAAACUACCAGAUAUGAUAAAAGAAGUGCUGAGCCUAGAUGAGGAGAUCCAUACAGUUGCCAGUGAGUUGUACCAGCAGCGAUCUGUUCUUAUUAUGGGUCGUGGUUAUCACUAUGCUACUUGUCUGGAAGGAGCCCUGAAAAUUAAGGAAAUGACGUUCAUGCAUUCUGAGGGGAUCUUAGCAGGCGAACUGAAGCAUGGACCGUUGGCGCUGGUGGACAAGUUUAUGCCAGUUAUUAUGCUCAUCAUAAGGGAUCAGACAUUUGCCAAAUGCCAGAAUGCACUACAGCAGGUGCUAGCACGCCAGGGGAGACCUAUCGUAAUAUGUGACAAAGAAGACCAUGAGUCUGAAAAGAAUGCCUAUCGUGCAAUAAAAGUGCCGCACACUGUUGACUGUUUGCAGGGUAUACUAAGUGUCAUCCCAUUACAGCUCCUUGCUUUUCACCUCGCAGUUCUUCGAGGCUAUAAUGUUGAUGACAACAAGAGAUUAAGAAAGGUGGAAGCAGAAUAUGUAUCGCCAAGAAAAUUUCGUUUGUGGAAGGAUUUCGCACUUCAUACUGUCUUUUCUAAACCAAAGGAUACUUCGAUGAUUCUAUAAAAUGAACUUUUAACAGUGCAGUGAACCUGGUACGUUGAAUACUGCAGGUUUGGUUCCUUGUGGAGACAUGUUUUUCAGCAUCCUGUUACACAAUCUUUGCUAACUCUCUUAUCUAGGUAGGAAAAGAGCCUUUUCACAGUACUUCAUGGGCAAGAAUAAACUGAUGGUGAAUUUGAUCAGAGCAGACUUUAUCAUUACACUAAAAUGAGGUGCUGGAUAUUAUUUAGUUUACAAAAUGUUAAUAAAGCUUAGUUUUUUAAAACAAAAUGUACGUGUCAAGAGCACAUUCAAGCUUGGAAUUGAUAACCAGUUUGCAUUCUCCCUUGAAAUCAACAAACUUUGAAAAUUGUUGUAUGUGAGCAAACUGACAUAUUGUGAGCUUUGAAGGACAUGUUUGAUAAAUGUAUGUAAUCUGAA